AUGUCUAGCGCCGUUGCCCAGAAUGCUUCAGCUGUACGGCCGCGCGCCGCCCCCAUUCAAGUCGACUCCAAAGCAGAGAAGACUCUUGCUCCCCCGGUGGGAAAGCUUGCUCUAGAUACAAGUGGCCGGUCCACCCCAGUCCCCGAAGAUGCACCCCCCUCAGCGCAUUCGAUCUCGACAGCCAGAAAGCAGGUGCGCGCACGCAACCGCCUGUUCUAUACCAUUGACUAUGUGCCCCGUGUGUCGCACUUUGAUCCUGACAGCGACUACCAUAAUUUCCGGGGUUUCUUCAUUCUCUUCUGGAUCGGCCUGGCCAUCAUGGUGGUGACCACGGCGCUGCGCAAUAUUAAGGAUACCGGCUAUCCGCUGCGGGUGUGGGUGUGGAGCCUGCUGACAGCCAAUGUGUAUGAGAUGGCACUCAGUGAUUUGGCCAUGGUUGUGACCUCGGGGCUCGUCUUGCCUCUGCACCGACUGUACCGGAGCGGGCCACGCUGGUUGCAGUGGUCCCGCGGGGGCAUGGUGGUGCAAAGUAUCAGCGAGGCUCUGUGGUUGUUUUUAUGGAUCAACUGGCCGUUCAUGCGCCUUUGGACCUGGACUGCCCAGGUGUUUUUCACUCUCCACACUUUGACGAUCUUGAUGAAGCUUCAUUCUUAUGCCUUUUACAAUGGACACCUGAGUGAAACUGAGCGUCGUCUUGCUGGUCUCGACAAGCCUGGUCCAGUGUCGCCGGAGUCCCCUGUUGCCGUUCGAUACCCGGAACCCCACCGACGCCGGCCGUCCAUGAAGCUGCAGCACGAACCCGACACCCCGACUGAACCAUUGCUCCGGCUGCGCGAGGAUCUAGCUACUGAGCUGACCUCGCCUCUGGGCAACAUCUCGUACCCGCAGAAUCUUAAUGUACGGAAUUACAUUGACUACCUCUUCUGCCCGACACUUUGCUACGAGUUGGAAUACCCGCGACGACAAGAACGACGUUGGGCCGAAAUUACAUACAAGGCCAUGGCUGUGUUUGGGUGUAUCUUCUUGUUGACCCUGACGAGCGAGGAAUUCAUCGUCCCCGUCCUGAGCGAGGCCAACGCCCAGCUGGGGCUCUUUUCCAGCACGGCAGACAAAGCGCUCAUCCUGGCUGAGACCAUCAGCAUGCUCCUGUUCCCGUUCAUGAUCACAUUUUUGUUGGUGUUCCUGGUCAUUUUCGAAUACGUGCUGGGCGCGUUUGCGGAGCUGACUCGUUUCGCUGAUCGCCACUUUUACUCGGACUGGUGGAACUCGUGUGACUGGCUCGAGUUCUCCCGCGAAUGGAAUGUUCCCGUCCACCACUUUCUGUUCCGUCACGUCUAUUUUCCCUCGCGGUCCCGCUUUUCUCAACCCGUGGCCAUGCUCAUUACAUUCUUGGUGAGCUCGGUCUUCCAUGAACUGGUCAUGAGUUGUAUCACCAAGAAGCUGCGCGGCUAUGGGUUCCUGGCCAUGAUGCUGCAGCUGCCCAUAGUUGCGGUGCAGAAGUCUCGAUUUUUCCGGGGACGGACCACUCUCAAUAAUAUCUUCUUUUGGUUUUCAAUGAUUCUGGGUUUGUCGAUGAUGUGCGUAUUCUAUGUGCUGGUUUAA